CCACCGGUGUGUAUCCUGCCAGAUGAGCGUGAGGCGGGAAAGGAAUGCAGCUCUUCCUCAUUUUCUGUCUUUCACUCCUGAUAGAUGCAGCCUCUCUCUGCCACAUCCUGCCCGUCUCUCUUUCUCCUUUCCUCCCUGUGAUUUUACCCGCUCGGUCAUUCAGCUCUGUGCGCCGUGGCGGAUGGAAGAGGCUGGAGAGCCAGUGAGAAUCCUGCGAUUCGGGGAAUUAGCACUUGUGACAGCACCGGCUGCCUCAGAGGAAAUGUAGAGCCAGUGGAGGGACUCCGACUGUGAGGUUUAGCCUGCGAGUGUCACGAGAUGGAUUUUUGGCACCUGUGAAGUGAGGAGAUACGUGUGUGUGGGUGGCUAAAACUGCCCCUGGUCACCUUCAGAGACUCUGAGAUAAACUGAUGUUCAUGAAAUCCUCUGCUAAUCUUGAAAACUGUCAGAUGUAGAUCUCCGUCUGUGCAGUCUGAAUAUGCGCUGUGCUCUCUGAUGGUUUAGGAUGCAGAAGAAAAUCUCUGCAAAUUUGACAUCUGCUGUCCUGAUUGCAUCUGAGACACAAGGGAGGAUGAGUAGCUGGAGGCAGGACAAAGAGGAGUAACCAGACAUGUCAGACUUCACCUGGGGCACUCGUCUCGGACUGUGCUGAACAGUCACAGCUGUUGAGCAGAGGCAGGCGGCAUUUCCAGGUGUCUUCGUCACGACUUACCUGACAAAAUCUCAACCUGCUUUUUUGGAGUCCUCAGACUAUUUCCCCACCUCAUCUUCCUUCGUAAUAUCAGGCUUUGAACCCAGCAACCUCUUGUUCUCUCCCCAUGGAGCCACUGUAAAUGCGAGAGAAGCGAGGCUGAGUUGGGCGGCUCCAAGCUGCCUGAGUUGGAUUCCACAGAACUAGAAAUAGAAACAUCCUCCAUCCUGGUGAGCUGUCUUUUAUGUGGAACAAGAAAAGCACCAUGUGGAAUCAGUCUGGGUACUGCAACCACGUCCCUCACCCUGGAUAUCCCUUCUACCACGCUCCCUGCAGCCACAAUGAUAGGACCACAUCAUUCUGUCAUCCUGUGACUGGACAGGUUUCCUCUGAGAACAUGGACUUCGUCCUGCAGGAUCAGUCGCCAGUUGCUCACGUGAUCUCCAAACCUGCAGGUGAGCAGCUGUCCAGCACCGCCGUGAGUGAGACCUCCACCACCAUCACCUCUUCCACUGUGGACACCACGUCUGCCCCCAAGACUUCUCGGCCAAGCAGCAGAGUUCACAGCUUUGGGAAAAGAGAUCAAGCCAUCAGGAGGAAUCCGAACGUUCCAGUGGUAGUCCGAGGAUGGCUCUACAAACAGGACAGCUCUGGGAUGCGUCUAUGGAAGAGGAAGUGGUUUGUUCUGGCCGAUUUCUGUCUGUUCUACUACAAAGACAGCAGAGAGGAAUCGGUACUCGGCAGUAUUCCUCUGCCCAGCUAUGUCAUCUCACCCGUGGGAUCGGAGGAUCACAUCAGCCGCAAGUACGCCUUUAAGGCUAGCCACACCGGCAUGCGCUCGUACAUUUACAAGCAGAGCUCUGUGAUUGGCUCGCAGGCGGAGCACUAUGGGAUGCGGACAUAUUACUUCAGCGCAGACACCCAGGAGGACAUGAACACCUGGCUGAAGGCCAUGAACCAGGCUGCACGGAUGCAGAGCCAUGCUGACACACUCAUAAGACCUGCUGACAGAAUAGAGAAGUUGUUGCAACAGGCUGUUCCACAGGUAAACCACGUAAACCACCACAAUAGCAAGAUCCCCAACUCUGAGGCUACAAGACCAACCGUCCACGAGGUUCUGCUGGAGCCCAUUCACCGUGAGCCUGAGGAGCUCUGCAGCUUUCACAAAGACUCUCCUGGUACCAUCACAUUGGAGCAGCCCAUAGGAAGCAUGGUUCUGGAAAUGGACACUCACUCCUCCCUUCCAUCCAACCCUCCAGCCACCACCCUCGCACAGCCAGACCAUGUGUCGGCCUCUGCUCCUGUGUCCAGGGUGCCAUCCCGGGCUCCAUCAAGAGCCACCUCCACUUUACCUUCCAGUGUUUGCACCAGGAAUGGCCUGAUGUCCACACCCAGCCCCAUCCUGGAGCCCAACGGCAUUGCAGCAGGGACCUACCAAAGAGCACCAGAGCCCCCAGCUGUGGACACACACAAGCAAGUGCAAAGGAGAAGUGCUCUGGAGCAGGUGGAACAGUGGGUCAAAGUUCAGAAAGCUGAGCAAAGAGGCCCACCUUCCAGGGAGAACACGCUUCCUCGUCGUACGCCACCAACCCAGCACAAGUACACAACCAUAGACAACUAUCAGACCCUGCCAAAAACUCCACGCCACAGUCCCCCUCCAGGGAGACUUGGUGAAUACAAAUAUGCCCACGACCAGCUGAGUCACUUCCGUCUCACCCCAGACAUGGGGGGUCCAGGGUCCAACACUGUUUGGCAGCUGUACGAAUGGCAGCAGCGCCAGAAGUUCCGUCAUGGGAGUCCCACAGCACCCAUUUACACCCCAGCUCCCGAGUACCCGUUUGGUCCCCACGCCCCGUCUAGAGUACCACCCUCCUCCUCAGCUUCCAGGUCAGAGGGGCCUCCUCGCUGUGUGUCAGUGCCACCUUCAGCUGCAGAUAUCCCUCCACCGGGUCCUCCACCUGGCUCCAGCAGAACUCUGUCACCCACACGGAGACCGCACACGCCUGCAGAACGGUUGACUGUAAAGCCCAUUGGAAGAAUGUCAGUACUGGACAUCCCAUUCAUUGUGUCCCCCCGUAGGACUAAGUCUCAGAUGUUGAAGGCUGCUACCACUGAGAGACGCUCGAUGCCUCCAUCUGGCUACAUCACACACACAGUCAGUGCGCCCAGCCUUCAUGGAAAAACGCCCGAGGAGCUCACUCUGCUCCUCAUCCAGCUGCGCCGUCAUCAGGCCAAGAUGGCCUCAGCACGCCGUCAAACGUUAGCCCAACUCAAGAGGCUCUGUGGUCCCAAAGAUUCCUACCGCCAAAACUGCCUCCUCACUGCCACCACUAGUCCAAGCGCCACCCCUUCUCCUGAGCCCCUUCUCGAGCAUGUGGGCCUCUCACCUUCUCCUGGCCCAUGCAGUACUCAGGCAGAUGACACCUACCAACAUCUGAAGAAGGACUUGGAGUAUCUGGAUCUAAAGAUCAGAGCUCUAGAGCCGCUGAUCCUCGCAGUUCACAGUUUACUACUGCACUGCACUGCUGGGCCUCUCAGGCCUAUAAUGAACGUAGCUGGAGGUCAGACUCUGAAGGAGUCAGGGAAACCUGUCAAAGCGGCAGAAAGUGAUGUGGAUGUGAAGUUAAGUCGGUUAUGUGAGCAGGACAAGAUCCUUAAAGAGCUGGAGGCGAGGAUCAGCUCCCUGAAGGACGACAAGGACAAGCUGGAGAGAGUUCUGGACAUGUCCCACCAGCAGAUGGAGCAGUACCAGGAGCAGCCCACUCACGUCCAUAAAAUCGCCUAUCAGCAGAGGCUGCUGCAGGAGGAUCUGGUGUCUGUCAGGGCCCAAAUGUCUCAACUCUCCACGGAAAUGGCACAUGCCUGGGAGGAGUACAAUAGGCUGGAGAUGUCAGUGGAGCAGCUGAGGACAGUCCUUCAGGCACACAUGAACCACAGCGACACCCCUCAGCCAGAAAAGACUGAGAUGAAGCGAGAGCUGUGGAGGAUUGAGGACGUCAUGGCUGGACUCAGUACCAGCAAAGCUAAUUACAAGAUCACUAUUGACUCCAUUCAGAACCCAGACAGGAAAUUAGUGCCUUCGCUGUCAGAGCCAACAGUGCCUUCCCUCAGCUCAGAGGUCCAGCCUCCUCCUCGCAGCUCUGUUUCCAGCAUCCUCUCCCACACCAGCACUGUGCCAAGCUUGAUGGAGGACAAUGCUCCACCCAGACCACCUCUGCCACGCCUCUAUGACUACGAGGAGAUACCACCGGUGGUGCCGCCCCUCCCCAGAGAGGCUUCAGUCAUCCGUCACACGUCAGUGCGAGGGCUCAAGCGCCAGUCUGACGGACGGAGGAGGGACAGGGAAGGUGGGCAGUAUGUAACCAAUGGAGACAGUAAGACUGACCUGAGGUCCUACCUGAGUGAACCAGAACUGCCAGGAAGCAGCCACCAGAACACAGGCAUUGAUGCUGACUACCAGGAUUACCCAAGUAAAGGCACUGGACCUCUGCUGAAACAGUCCAACACCAUCUCGUCCUUCGUCACCCUAAGGAGAGGUCCUGGCAGCUCUGCAGCAAAGGAGAGACCCAAGAGUGCCUUUGAGCGUCUUUCAUCACCUACUGAGGUCCCGAGCAGCCAGCCCCGAGGCCGGAUGACCGCAGAGGAGCAACUGGAGCGGAUGAAGCGCCACCAGAAGGCGCUGGUUCGUGAACGCAAGAGGAACCUCAGCCAGGGCGAGCGCUCUAGCUCGGGCCUGUCCACCUCCUCCCCCAGGCUGCCCUCCAGCCCAUCCGACCCUUCCUCCUCCGUGUUUGACUGGCAAGAGGAGCGACCUGGAGCAGAAGGUCAGAGUGAUGAAGGAUUCGGUCAAGUCACAGAGAGGGGGAGGACCCAGUCAGACGAGUGGAUGAUGGUAACGGCCAGACGAGUUAGAGAGCUAGACCUGGAACCUCUGGACUACGACCUGGACAUCAGUCGAGAGCUGUCCAAACCUGAAAAGGUUCUCAUCCCAGAGCGGUACAUAGAGUCUGAUCCAGAGGAACCUCUAAGUCCCGAGGAGGUGGAGGAGCGCUCCCGUCGAGCCGAGCGCAUCAAGAACCUUCUAGCUAAAUCCAGUGUUCAGAUCAUGCAGCCGUCAGCACCACCUGAUUUCACUGAGCUAGACUCGGCUCUGCAGCAGCAAGAGAGAAUCAUGAGUGUGUCCCACGCUCUGGCCUCAGAGGCGUCACGCAAGAGCAAACUGGUGGCAGCUAAAGCUGUUGCCGACCACUGGUCCACAGGAUCUCAGGAGGAACUCUGAACGUUGGAAGAAUCUGAUUCACUCACAGAAAAUCACUUUAGUUUUACUGAUAAAGACAAAAAUAUGUUUUAACAGAUGUUUUAUAAAUCCUUGCACCAUGUUUUCUCACAUUUCAUACUGAAUAAUGAGUGAUUACUUAUUUUUCUCUAACAUGCACUUACCUGCUCUACAGUUUGGUUUGUGUUAUUAAUAUGAAACAAAGUAAGAAUGUUUGGAGAUAUUUAUUAAUAUAUUAUCCUGUUAACUGAACCGAGAUGAUUCUGCAUUGUUUUUAACACGUUCACAUACCACUGCUGUUCAUUCACUCUGAAUCAUUUUCUUAGAAAACAAACUUAAGUUGAAGACACUGAAAAUAAACAUUAAGAACUAA